AUAUCCUCAGCGCAUGCAUACAGCCUGACCAUUUCUUAUUACUUGAUUGAAUUAAUCAGAAGUCCGAGUCUAUCGGCAAAAUGCUCGGAUUCCCCAAGUCCGACCGUACUGUCCGGGUGCGCCUAGUUGACACCACGACAUUGAUGACAGUUAGGAGCGAGGUACUCGUACAACCUGUGCAGGCUGGCCAUGAAAUUUUGAACCUCACAGAUGUCGCAUUUCUCAUCGAGCAUGAAGGAACCAAUCAAAAGGUCAUGUUUGACCUCGGGACGCGAAAGGAUUACUGGAAUCUCCCCGAUGCGGUCCGGCUGGUCUUCGAUCAAGGCAUGCCGUCGGCCAGAAUCGACAAGGACGUUAGUGAAGUUCUCACUGAGAGUGGUAUUCCUCUGAGCGACAUAGGAUCGAUUGUUUGGUCUCAUUAUCACUGGGAUCAUAUCGGAAAUGUUGCUCUCUUUCCCCCGUCCACAUCGCUGUAUGUUGGUCCAGGGUUCAAGGCCGAGCCGCGUUUGCUACCUGGCUUCCCAGAUGACCCUUACUCGCCUGUUCCGGCGGACGCAUUUGUAGGGAGGGACUUGGUUGAGCCAAACUUCGCGGAUGGAUUAAAGAUUGGAGGGUUUCGCGCGCAUGAUUUCUUCGGAGACGGCUCUUUCUACCUACUUGACACCCCCGGACAUUGCGUUGGCCAUUUAUGUGGUCUUGCUCGGACGACGGCGGAUACCUUCCUCUUCCUUGGUGGCGACAUCUGUCACUUUCCCGGAGUCAUCAGGCCAAACGUCAAUUUGCCUUUUCCAACCCACAUCCCGAAGGAGUCACUAGACGAGGACUCAUUCUUCCCAGCACCAUGCCCUUGUAGACUCUUCUCGGAUCACCACCCUAGAGUCAAAUCUGACCAGAGUCAGACGCCGUUCUACGAGGUGUCCAGUUACGAAGCAACCGCUUUUACCGACCCACAGCUUGCUCAGCAAACGGUAACCAAGCUCUUGGAGUUUGAAUCCUCUCCGGAUGUUUUGAUAUGUAUCGCGCAUGACACGGAAUUGCUGCGGCAUUUGCCAACGUUGAAUGACUCGCCUUCCUCUGACCUCAACGCGUGGAAGGAAAAGGGAUGGAAGGAGAAGAUUCGCUGGGGAUGGGUCAAUGAGCUACCACGGGCUGGUCAUCCAGGUAGGAAACCACUCGUCGAAGGCUACUGGCGGGAGGGCAAGGUCUGGGAAGAGGCAGUAGAGACGCUUCGUCGAACGUGAAGAGAUUUUGUCACUGUAAAGACGGAUCGACAUGCCGCAUUUAUAUGACGAUAGAAGCCCCAGUCUUAGAUUAUUGAGACACACAUAUUA